UGCACUGUUUCAGAGUUCACAGAUACCCUGGUUUUGAUCCCUUGUCAGUUAUUCGUGCAGAUGUUCACUCGUGAACAUCUGUACGUGUGUGUGUUUGAGAUGCAUCAUGCUUCCCUUGGGGAUUUUAAACUAUUCCUCCAGCUCUACCUUUUGUUUUGUCAUGAAGUGAAACGUUGUUUUGAAAGAUAAAUUGAGUGAAUUUUACUGUAAAUUAUAAUUGUUUCAUUUAAGCACGUGAGGUCAUAAAAUAGUUCUUUAUCCAGCUGCCUUACAGUUCGGGUUUUCCUCCUGGCAGAGCUACAACUGAAGUUCAGGGUUUAUUUUCACCUAACAAAGUCAUUCUGAGCCUCAAAAUUGAAUAGGACUAUCUUUUAAAACCUCAGUUGAUGUAAAUUAGCUGUAUUUGACUAACAUGUUUAAAAAGAAAUUAUUAAAUUGUACGCAGUAUAGCAAAGAUAGGCAGCCAAAACCCUUUUUUUGGGCAGAGAAAUACCAAAGGGAAAGCGCCGAGCCUCAUCCCAUGACUUCUUUUCCUCCCCGUUGGGUGAUGCUCAGCGCGGCAGCAAGAGCUUCAGGCUUAUGAGCAGUCGGGGGGGACAUUUCUCAUGGGGAGAUGUUAAUUAGUGCCUUUUUAACCUUUUAGAAUCUCUGAAGACUGAGUAACUGUUUUUAACAUCUCUUGCCCUUUUGGGGAAGCAUCGUUUUUUUGAACAGAUUGCAGGAAAGACUAAUAUGGCAUUUUUUGAUCAUCACGCUCUUAAAAACCCAAAGUCUUGCCGUGAUGUCGGAGUCCCCAGAGCCGUUCUCCUUCAUGCCAGGCUUCACCUCAGACUCCUGAGGUGGAGAGCAAUAGCAGCAUCUCGAAAUAAUCCAUGUGGGAGGAUUUUUGCCAUUUCCCCUUCUUCCCUCCUCCCCGCGAGCAGGACCCGGCCCAGCUUCACCACAACCGGCCCCGGCCGGAACCUUCGUGCAGCAGCAGCCGCGUUCCCCCGGAGCCGCCCCUGCCGGACCGCCCGCUCCUGGGGGGCCGCUUUGGCCGCGUACCGGGGCGGAAAGGGGCGAGUCGUUGAGCGUCCGGCAUGUUCACGGCGGCGGCCGAGAGUUUCCUCAAGCAGGCGAGGGAGGUCCGGGCCGAGGAGCUGCGCAGGUUCGCCGCCCGCGUCGCCGCCGCCCUGCAGGGCCCGGAGCGGAGCCCCGAGGCGGUGAGCGGGCUGCAGAGGCUGCACCUCACCCUGGCCGCCAGCAGGUACCCCCGCGGGCUAGAUGGCAAGUUUGUGGAACUGUUGCAGAAAGUGCUCUGUUCAUCCAAGAGCCCUGAGCAGAUUCAGAUGUUAUGUGCUGCCAUCCUGAGAGAGAUGUCGCCUUGCAAUGACCUGAUCCUCUCCUGUGAUGAGAUUCAAGAUGCAAAGCUCUUGAGCCUGGUAUCCUCUGUCCUUUUGGCUCAGGGAAAUAAGAAGGCUGAACUGUCUGCCGUGAGGCAGCGUAUUGUGCAAGUGCUUGAAAGAAGACUGCCUGAGGGUCAAAGUGCUCGGUACCUUCUUCCUGUCCUCUCAAAUGUCAUCAGGCUUUCACCAGAAUCACUAACUGAAGAACAGACCAAUGUCGUCAGUAGAAAGAUGGCCGACUGGCUGAGGUACGCGAGUAUUCAGCAAGGAGUCGCUCAACCCUCUGGAGGCUUCUUCUCCUAUCCCAGGACCAAACAGCCUGGCCCUGUCACAGAGGUGGAUGGUGCCAUUGCCACAGACUUCUUCACAGCGCUCUCUGUGGGUCAGUACCACACAGAGGACCAGUGGCUCAAUGUUCAAGCCUUCUCCAUGCUGCGAAACUGGCUGCUCUGCUAUGGGGGCAAAGGGUUGAAGACCUCUAAUUCAGGAGAUGAUUCGGGAACGGACAAGUCUGUUACGUCCACGGUCUCUACUACCUCCACAUCUAAUCGCCUGCUUCCCUCAAAGGACUAUCUGCGGGAGAAAGCCUUCGAGUACUGCCAGCGGCUUAUUGAGCAGAGCAACAGGCGACCCCUGAAGAAGGAUGAUGGAGAUCUGCAGAAAGCUUGUCUCAUAGAGGCGGUGACGAUCAUGGACAUCAUCUGCAAACAGGACUGCUCCUACGUGUGCCGCGCAGUCUCCUUCCUUAAAAUCCUACACAGCAGAAUCUGUGGGGAUGCCACUUAUGCCAGGGCAUUGCUGCCCAUUGCGCAGUUCUUCCUGAACCACAGCAAAACAGCAACUGUGGACUCUGAAGCAAUCUACAAACACUUAUUCACUGAUAUCCCAGCUCGGCUCUUCCACAACCCAUCCCUGGCUUUCGAAUUUGUCCAGUUCUGCAAAGAAAACAGGCGGCUCUUCACUGAGGCCUCCGGCAUAUUCAGGCAGAGCUUCCCAAAUCUCUUCAAGUUUCUGGCGUGGAACAGCCCACCCCUGAUCUCUGAGUUUGUGGACCUUCUCCCAUUUCUGCUGGAUGCAGGCACAGCCAUUGAGAUCUUCCAUUUGCUGCUCGACCUGCCCUGUUUAACUGCAGCUCUGGACAUCCAGCUGAGGUCAGCUGCUCUUCCUACCUCCGAGAGGGCUGCCUGUGACCCAGCUGUGAUGCCGGCCACUUGCCUGGAAGCUUUUCACCAUCCUCUCUACAAGAGCGUGUUCCAGUAUCUUCUCCGCACCAACUCUGUUCCCGAGGAUGCCCCGGAAAGGUUGAUUGAGCUUCGGCAGCUGCUGGGAUCCCUGGCCAGCAGCCCGAGGGUCGUGCAGUGUGCAGAUACUGUCCCUGUCCUACUGGAGCUCUUUUUCGGGGUGGUGGCAGAGUUUGCAGAUGAACAGCUGAUAAACCAGCUGGUGGUGCUACUGCUGCAGAGGAGUGACCAGCUCUAUGAGAUCCCAGCAUUUAGAGGUGAGGUGUACAGGGUGCUGAGCUCUCAGCUGGUGAUGCUCUGCAAGCUGUGCCCUGCACUCAUCCUGGAAGUGUCCAAGGAGAUUCUGGAGUUCACAGGAACAGUCAGCAACAUCCAGAACAAGGAGCCCAUAUUCACCCACAUGGUCUGGGCUAUUGGAGAGUACAUGUCUGUGUCCUGUGACAAGCGCCGCACUGUGGAGCAGAUCAACCGAUUCUUUGAGACUCUAGAGGCCACGCUGUUCGAAAUCACCCAGAUCCAACUGCUGGCCAGCAUGCCCAGCUACGCACCCCGCGCCAUCAGUGUCCUUAUGGCCACCCUGGCCAAGCUGGCAGCUCACAGCCAGGACCUGAUCCCCAGAGCAUCUGUGUUGCUGUCCAAGAUGAGGACAUUUGUGCAGAGCCCUGCUAUCACCUCUGCUUACUGCAAGGAGGACCUUGAGGACAUCCUUACUGGAGCAACUGAACUCACGAACUUACUGAAAAUGCCAAGCGUGGCUCAGUUAGUGUUCACACCACCUGUAGAUGUGGCCAGUACGCGGUUUCAGAGGGAGGUGAAUGAGUCCCUCCCUUUUGCCCUGAGGAUCGUCACCCGUCUCCUAGAGCCAGCUCCUGGCUUUGUGACGGACUGAGAACACAGGGUUUCUGAGGGGCUCCAGCCUCUCUGGACACUGCUGACGCUGAAGGCUGAGGCCCUGCUCUGAACUCGAAAUGAGGAACAAAUAGUUGUGACUGAAACAGAAAAGAGGAAUAAGUAGAGCUGAGGCUGCUCUUUUGGUCUGA